AUGGGUGACCGGACUCUAUAUGUACCCUCACACCUGGGAAGGAAUGUACUUCCAAAUCUGCCUUUCUUUCAUAAGUUACUUCGAUACGCUCAGCGCAAGCCUUCUCGCACAGCUGUCCGAGAUAUAAAUGCAGGCUUGGAGAAAACAUACCACGAUGUGCUCUCCGAUGCCCUUGUUCUCCGGGUCGAAUUGGAGAAGAUGAUGAGUCAAAAGACUCGUCGUGACUUAUCUGAAGACAAGGAAGUUUAUAUUGGCUUACUGGCUCCUGGUGGUUAUGAAUAUACUGUGGGGUUCAUUGCAAUUCUUGCGAUGGGCGCUGCAGUAGUGCCGAUGGCUGCUGGUCUACCGGUAGAGGAAGCUUCUUACUUUCUCCACAAGGCCCAAUGUGUGGCUUUGGUGGCCAGCACUACAAGCGAAGCGCUCGCCCAGUCCAUCGUUCGAUCCAUGGGGGAGAGGAAAAACUUCCACAUUCCCUGUCUAUCCCCCAUCGCAUCGUUCUUCCUCUCUACACCCAUCUCGGCGGAGGAUGUCAUUAUCUCGUCAAACCGAAUGCUUGAUAUGAACGGUGCAAGCGCAGUGAUAUUCACAUCAGGGACAACAGGCCCACCCAAGGGUGCUGUCCAACGACGUACCUGGUUGACGGGCAAUGCUGAGGCCGACGCGGACUUCUAUCGCAUCACUGAAAAAGAUGUUGUGCUUCACGUACUGCCUGUUCAUCAUGCAUCCGGUGUAGGACUCACCUUCCUACCUUUCCUCACAGCCGGUGCGUGUAUUGAAUUCCGAAGCGGGGGCUUCGAUACUGCAUGGACAUGGGAGCGUUGGCGUCGUGGGGGGUUGACGUUUUUCUCCGGUGUGCCUACCAUCUACAUGCGCAUGAUGCGGUAUUAUGAAGAGAAUAUUGCCAAUCAACCAACCGACAUGCGCGAUGAAUACAUUGCCGGGGCGCGCAAUAUUCGCACCAUGUUAUGCGGAUCGUCAGCACUUCCUGGUCCUGUACAGGAAUUCUGGGAGAAUUUGCGACAGCUGCCGAUCCUGACUCGGUACGGUGCUACAGAGUUUGGGGCGGUUAUCAAGACAGACUUGGAUCCUACAGGCACUCCACGCAACAGUGUGGGUCGAGUGGUCGAGUCAGUAGCCCUCAAGCUCGAAGACGACGGUCAUCUCCUCGUCAAGUGCCCUUAUAUGUUUUCAAAAUAUCUUAACGAUGAGAAAGCGACGAGGGAGGCCCACGAUAAGGACGGCUACUUCAAGUCAGGUGACAUUGCCCAUCGGGAAGGGAAAUACUAUUUCAUUCUCGGUCGUGCAUCCAUCGACAUUAUCAAGUCGGGUGGCUACAAGAUCUCGGCAUUGGACGUCGAGCGAGAGAUAUUGGGACUGGAUUACGUUUCCGAGGUGAUGGUGGUGGGCGUGGAAGACGAAGAAUUCGGACAGCGAGUCGCAGCCACCAUCAGUCUCAAGACGGACCCGAAUACCACGCGGAAUAGUCUCACUCUUGCUGAGUUGAGAGAAGAUCUUCAGUCCAAAUUGAAUGGGUAUAAGAUGCCGACCAUCCUGCGGCUGGUUAAAGGCGAACUGCCCAAAUCUGGUACGGCCAAGGUGCAGAAAAAGAUCCUGGGACCAAAGUUCUUUCCACCGAAUUAUCGUGACAUUCCUGAUGUUCAGGUGUGGAGCAAAAAGAAGAGGUCAAAGCUAUAG